GCCCUUUGACCUCAACUACAUGGAAUACUGGUCUGGAUCUAGUGACACGGAAUUGGUUAGGCGGUCUUGUGCAACGUCGUGGUGGUCACAAUUCAUUGCUGAAGUGUAUGAAAGACAUUGCUGGUGUUGGUGAAAUGCUUAUGUUCGUUAAGGAUGGAGAACUAGUAUUCAAGUCUGUUAUAGAUGCUACUGGAUCAAGACCCACAAGUAUUGUUGAAUCAUCUCCUGGAACGGUAUCAAGGAGGAAUUCUUCAUACGGUGUUUCUCCUCAUACGAGUUUACAUGCUGGUGAACAUGAUGCUCUUUUGGUCGUUGUUAAGGCAGGAACUUUGGGGCGUUUGGUGGACAUCUUAGUUAACGGUGUUGCAGCAUAUAGUGCGAGCGUGGUAGAUGAUAAUGGUGAACCUCCUCUGAAUAUCGGCAAACAAGGUCACCUUGGUAUUAAUUCUGAAGAAUACAUGGCAACAUUUUUUAGCACCUAUCGUAGUUUUUGUAGUCCGAGUGAACUACUCGACAUCUUAAAGAAAUACUUUAUUAAUGCCAAAAAAGUAUCCAAGGAUUUAGUAACCUCGCAAAAUCCGCUGGAGUCGAACACAUCUCCGGC